UUUUUCUAUUCAUAGUUUGGUUAUACACAACUCAUUUUGAAUUUGUAAUUUUAUAUAGGUCUUUAGAUUUAAUUAUAAAUUAUAUUAAAAUGUCAACUAAAUCUUCUGAUAUUUGGAAUUUUUUUGUAAAAUUACCAACGGCUGAUGAAUCAGCUAGGUGCAAGCUUUGUGAAAAUAAAUUUUCUUGUAAAAAAAGUUCAACAAAAGGUUUAUGGGACCAUCUUAAGUCUAUGCAUUUGGCAGAAUAUGAGAAGUUUUUGCAAAAGAAUACAUCAACAUCAGUAAGAGCAAACUAAUAAAAUAAGAUUUUUUAUUAACAGACUAAUCUGGAUAUAUCAAAAUUUCUUGGUAAGGAUGAGCCUCAAAAAAAAGCAGAUGAAAAAAUUGCGGCACUUAUGCUUCUAAAUCACCAGUUGAUAGUGAUU